AUGGUCAAUGAUCCUGUAAAGGAUUUUCAAGUUUUAAAGUCAAAGCCCAAAUCAGAUGACGCAUUAGAAUUGUUAAAACGUUUAGCCUCUCAAGUCAAACCAAUACUUAUUCAGCAUAACUGGACCAUAAGAAAUCUCUGCGAAUUCUUUCCCGCUAAUCCCAAUCUGUUAGGUGUCAACAUAAACAGGGGUUGGAAAAUCAAGUUACGCUUGCGACCUGCCCAUGAUCAAUCACAGUUCCUUAACAACGAAGAUAUUUUAGCCACCCUAUUGCAUGAAAUCACUCAUAUUGUCCAUGGCCCGCAUGAUGAGAAAUUCUAUAAACUACUGAAUCAACUUAAAAGGGAAACUGAAGAUUUGAUAGCCUCUGGUUAUCGAGGUGAAGGAUUUUAUUCCACAGGUCAUCGAUUAAGUUCAGCAAGAGUUGUUGCACCACGUUACUUGAAUAACGAAAUCAUUGCGAAGGCUGCAGAAAAAAGGCUACAAAUGUCAAGAUUAAUGUUGCCAUUUGGAGGUGUACAAUUAGGGGGUAUCAGAUCAAUCAAUAAUCCGAUAUUACCACCAGUUCGAGCAGCAGCAUCAGCGGCCGAAAAACGUUUGCAAGACCAAAUUUGGUGUGGUGGAAGCAUUCAAGAAUUUGUACCGCCUGUUUCUGCAGCAACUUCGUCUGGGAAGUCGACUGGUAAUGAUCAGGCAUUUGUCAAAAAAAAUACCAGCGAAAGUCUCUGUGAUCGUCUUAAUAACAUGGAGGGAAAGAGGAAGGCAAAGGCAGAUAACGAACUUCCGGCUAAGCGAAGUCGUGUAACCAUUGUCAUCGAUUUGACAAUCGAUGAAGCUACCGUUGAUGUUGCUGUACAAGAAACGACACGGAAAGAAGAGGGUCUAUGGACCUGUCCGACGUGUACUUAUUUGAAUCAAGCUUUGGUGUUAGUAUGCGAAAUGUGCCUUAGGGAAAAGCCAUCAACAUCCGAUCUGCCGCUGAUACCUUCGGAUGCUAUAUACAACGAAGACAAUGUUUGGAUAUGCCCACAGUGUACGUUGAAGAAUGAGAGUAAAUGGCUAACGUGUAUAGCUUGCUCUUGUGUUUAUUUAAGAUGA